AUGGAUCCUCCACCGGAGCCUCCCAAGACUCCUCCAAACAAAUUUCCUGACCCCCCAACACCUCGCGAAAAGACACCCCCACCCAGGAUUUCUUGCGACAUCAACACCCGUGAUGCCCAAGGCCCAUUCUACUGGGAGUAUCGUAACAAAGGUCCGGACUUCGAAGUUCCUCCUUUGAAGGGAGGUGAUUUUGAAGAGCGUCCGACUCUGGAGGAGUGGGCGGACAAGCUAGGAUACAAGUUGCCAUCCGGAGAGUCCGUGUUAUCUGGGAGGCCUGAUCCAUCCAAGCUAAAACCCGGAGCUAAGCUUCCACCAUCCAUUGAGGAAAUUGAUCACCUUCUGAAGAAGGGCGACGAACAUCCAACGUCCAUAUCUGGAAGGUCUCCCACUUCAGAGCCGAAAUCAAUGCCAGGAGCUUUACUCAAUUUGGCCGAAGGUCUACAGGAGAAGGCUGACAGCAAAGUUCCAAAGCCGUCAUCUGCAAAAUCCGAUAAACCGAAGGUAGAACCUGGAGCUAUGCUUCCACCUCCCCUCAAAGCGCCCGGAGGCCCGCAGAAGAAGGCGGACAAGCAAACUCCCAAGUAA